GCUGAGUGAGACCCGCUGGCAUUCCGCACUCAACUCGAGGGCGAAGCGCACGCCCGAAUCUUCGAUAACCGCGACCGACGCGCCGCGCGCCCGCGGCAAGCUCAACCGCCAUGUUUGACGUUUUCGGUUCCGUUAAGGGCCUCCUCAAGCUCGAUUCUGUGUGCAUCGACAACAAUGUGUUCCGUCUACACUACAAAGCCACUGUGAUCAUUUUGAUUACGUUUUCUCUCCUCGUCACCUCGAGGCAGUACAUCGGGGACCCUAUAGACUGCAUCGUCGAUGAGAUACCGUACGCCGUUAUGGACACCUACUGCUGGAUAUACUCUACCUUCACCAUACCGAACCGGCUCGUCGGACGCGUUGGAAAGGACGUCGCUCAGCCCGGCGUUGCAUCACACGUCGACGGACAAGACGAAGUUAAAUACCACAAAUACUACCAGUGGGUGUGCUUUGUGCUGUUCUUUCAAGCUAUUCUCUUCUAUGUGCCACGCUAUUUGUGGAAGACAUGGGAAGGAGGACGUGUUAAAAUGCUUGUACUAGACCUCAAUUGCCCAGUGGUCAGUAGCGAUUGUAAAGCGGAUCGAAAGAAGUUACUAGUGGACUAUUUUCAUACUAACCUCCACACGCAAAACUUUUACGCGUUCCGUUUCUUUAUUUGUGAAGUACUGAACUUUAUAAACGUGGUGGGACAAAUUUAUUUCAUGGACUUUUUCCUAGACGGAGAGUUUUCGACUUAUGGUCGGGAUGUCGUCCGCUUUACAGAGAUGGAGCCAGAAGAGAGAGAAGAUCCUAUGGCGCGUGUAUUCCCCAAGGUUACUAAAUGUACAUUCCACAAAUAUGGUCCUUCGGGAACUGUUCAGAAGUUCGAUGGGCUCUGCGUACUCCCGCUUAACAUCGUCAAUGAGAAGAUUUAUGUAUUUCUGUGGUUCUGGUUCAUCAUACUAUCAAUUUUGAGUGGUAUUUCCCUGGUAUAUCGCGCGAUUGUCGUCGCCGGACCGCGUGUACGUUUGUACCUUCUACGUGCGCGCAGUCGUCUUGCACCACAAGAACAAGUGGAAGCCGUGGCCCGCAAACUACAGAUCGGAGACUGGUUUGUGCUGUACCAGCUCGGAAAGAACAUCGAUCCUCUCAUUUACCAAGAAUUAAUGAGUGAUUUAGCAAAGAAGUUCGAAGGGAAGGACGCUGUUUAGCAGGCGCGUGUAGACAGUGGGGAGUAUUGGUAGUGGUAGUGACGUGUGAGUGUAAGGGCGGGCUCCGGGCCGCGGCGCCGCUACCUGCCGAGCCGCAGCCGCGCCCGCGCACAAUGAGCGCCGGGAGCGGGUCUGCGCCGACAUUCCAUUUACCUACAGCCGACGCGGGGAACGACCUCCGUCGAACCAGUCAUUGUAUUCCAGAACCGCUUUAAAACUUUACGCUACUGAUAUGAAACGAAGCUAGUUAUUACCUUCUCCCGGACGACUUCGACUGACGAGUGCCACCGCGCGCCUGCAUUUAGACUAACAUUUUUAGGGGCAUGUUUACAAUAGUCGUAGAUGAUAUAAAGUAGAUCUCGUGCCUUCGUUUUUGUAUUUUAUAUUGAUCGUGUGCAAAUGACUAGUUGAAGGGACGUCUCAUUGUGAUAUGUAAUUAUUAUUAUAUCUAAAUUAAGUGUUUAUCGUGUAUGAGAUUGCUAUAGUGGCGGACGGCGACGGCUGGCUUAUUAUUAAGUUUUAGGUAAAUAUCUAAGUAAUGCCUUUGUUAUCGAAUGCUAUUCUCGAUACGAUAUUGUAUAAAGCAAUAAACUAUUAGUGUUAAGAAAUCAAUUAUUGGGAUUGAUAAUCGACAAUACUGUAAUAUGUACUAAGCGACACGUUUUGUCUAUAAAUGUACUUUUUAUACUGACGAAUCCAAGUCGAUUAUGGUUGAUAUUUUCUGAAUAUAUUUACUUCCACAUUA